AUUAAAGUGGAUCGUAUGAUUAGUCUGUAAUGUUGUGGCCUUGUAGUAGAGAGGUUGUGGGGCUGUAACUUAUUUUGAGUGUCCCUGGGCCUGGGCCUGGGAUCAAACCCCUCCGUCUGAUUGAUGAGAAGGAGCUGCGAGGUUGAAUGAAUGGAGUUUGUGGCCGGGACAAUGUGGAUAUUGCAGGAAGACUGCUAUUUGCCAUUUACACUAAAGAAGUAAAGAUUACACAUUAACACAGCAAUCUGACUAAUAAUCAGCAUGACUUUGUUCUGUUGGACAAGAAUCUCAAGAUUGUAUGUCAUGUCUUCUUGUCAUAUCUGUGCACGAAGACUACAACAGUCUAACUCACAAAGACUGUAUUCAGUAUUUAUUCGGUAUACUCCUUGGAGGCCAAGUUAUCUGACUUUGAAACAGCCGGUGCAUGGUAUCAAGAACCAUAAUCCCUUCACUCGGAGCCAGGAGGAAGCAUGGAAGAAGAAGAAUAAAACCGUACUCACGUAUAUAGCAGCAACAGCAGUUGGAAUGAUUGGCAUGUCAUAUGCGGCUGUACCUCUCUACAGACUUUAUUGUCAGGCUACAGGACUGGGAGGGGCUGCAGUAGCUGGUCACAAUGUGGAUCAAGUAGAAACCAUGGAACCCGUGAAGGAUCGAAUCAUUAAAGUCACUUUCAAUGCAGAUGUCCAUGCCAGUCUGCAGUGGAAUUUCAGACCUCAGCAAACUGAAAUCUAUGUUGUUCCUGGAGAAACAGCUUUGGCAUUCUAUAAAGCAAAAAAUCCUACUGACAAACCAGUCAUUGGAAUUUCUACUUACAAUGUAGUACCAUUCGAUGCAGGACAGUAUUUCAAUAAAAUACAGUGUUUCUGUUUUGAGGAGCAACGGCUGAAUCCCCAUGAAGAAGUGGACAUGCCAGUUUUUUUUUAUAUUGACCCUGAAUUUGCAGAAGAUCCAGGAAUGGCACGAGUGGACACAAUCACUCUCUCUUACACAUUCUUUGAGGCAAAGGAUGGUCAAAAUCUACCUUUACCAGGAUAUAAUUAACUAAAAAUUACUUUUGAAGAGCAAAUUAAUUCAGAAUAUUAUGUUGAUUGACAGUGUAUCAGAUGGUUGCAGCAGUAAUACUCAAUCUUGUGAUUCACGCAGAAUAAAGUAAUAACAAACAAUAGUUUCGUAGGCACACAAAACAGAAUGGAUAGAAAUCAAAAUUAAGUAUCAAAGAAUAAAGACUGUGGAAAACAUGUAACUAAGCUUGUAAUUCGAAGGAAUUUCAAAUGCUUUCCAAGAUGGUAACAGUCCAUCAUACAAACAUCUUGGUAGGGAGUUGGGAGGUUGAAUGUUUCUCUCUCUUCGCAGCUGUUGCCAGACCUGCUGAAUUUCUCCAACAUUUUUUGUUUUUAUUUCAGAUCUCCAGCAACCGCAAUACUUUGCUUUCAUCUGGUUUGGACCUCUGAUUUAGUCUUGCAUUCAUGCAUUAAUUAAUAGCUUUAAUUUCAAUUGGAAAGAGUUAAAACAUUUCUGUUUUUCCAACUCCUCAAUGUAAUGACAAAGAAGAUCUGUGCCUCUGGAUAUUGUUAGUGUAUUUGAUAAAUACAUCCUCACCAUGUACUUCCGAUUAGAAAUGAAUAAAUGGUUUUGACAUUACAAA